CCUCAAUAGCUCUGAACCGAACAACAGUGCACACGGGGCCUUGCUUGUGAUGACUGGGAUCGUUAUGGGUUGAGGGUACACUGAAUCUAAGGAAGGGUUUCCUGAAGCUGCCAGAAAGUGAGCUCCCAAGCUGACAGCCGCGGAGCUGAGGUCAGGAGCAGUGGUCAGGAUGGCGGAGGAGCAGGAGUUCGCCCAGCUCUGCAAGUUGCCCACACAGCCCUCCCACCCGCACUGCGUCAGCAACACCUACCGAAGCGCCCAGCACUCCCAGGCGCUGCUUCGGGGGCUGCUGGCCCUGCGGGACAGCGGCAUCCUCUUCGAUGUGGUCUUGGUGGUGGAGGGGAAGCAGCUCGAGGCCCACCGCAUCCUGCUGGCUGCUUCCUGCGACUACUUCCGGGGCAUGUUCGCUGGGGGGCUGAAGGAGAUGGAGCAGGAGGAGGUCCUGAUCCAUGGCGUGUCCUACAAUGCCAUGUGCCAGAUCCUGCACUUCAUCUACACCUCUGAGCUGGAGCUCAGCCUGAGCAACGUCCAGGAGACACUGGUCGCCGCCUGCCAGCUUCAGAUCCCAGAGAUCAUCCACUUCUGCUGUGACUUCCUCACGCCCUGGGUGGACGAGGACAACAUCCUUGAUGUCUACCGGCUGGCCGAGCUCUUCGAUCUGAGCCGCCUGACUGAGCAGCUGGACGCCUACAUCCUCAAGAACUUCGUGGCCUUCUCACGGACUGACAAGUACCGCCAGCUGCCCCUGGAGAAGGUCUACGCCCUUCUGAGCAGCAACCGCCUGGAGGUAUCCUGCGAGACGGAGGUGUACGAGGGCGCCUUGCUCUACCACUACCCGCCGGAGCAGGUGCAGGCCAACCGGCUCCCGCUGCACGAGCCGCCCAAGCUCCUGGAGACCGUGCGCUUCCCCCUCAUGGAGGCCGAGGUCCUGCAGCAGCUUCACGACAAGCUGGAGCCCAGCCCGCUGAGGGACACCGUGGCCGAAGCCCUCAUGUACCACCGGAAUGAGAGCCUGCAGCCCAGCCUGCAGGGCCCACAGACCGAGCUGCGCUCGGACUUCCAGUGCGUCGUGGGCUUCGGGGGCAUCCAUUCCACGCCGUCCACCGUCCUCAGCGACCAGGCCAAGUACCUGAACCCGCUGCUGGGGGAGUGGAAGCACUUCACCGCGUCCCUGGCGCCCCGCAUGUCCAACCAGGGCAUCGCGGUGCUCAACAACUUCGUGUACCUGAUUGGAGGGGACAACAACGUGCAGGGCUUCCGUGCCGAGUCCCGCUGCUGGAGGUACGACCCGAGGCACAACCGCUGGUUCCAGAUCCAGCCGCUGCAGCAGGAACACGCAGACCUGUGCGUGUGCGUCGUGGGCGGCUACAUCUACGCGGUGGCGGGCCGCGACUACCACAACGAUCUGACUGCCGUGGAGCGCUACGACCCUGCCACCAACUCCUGGGCUUACGUGGCCCCGCUCAAGAGGGAGGUGUACGCCCACGCAGGCGCCGCGCUGGACGGGAAGAUGUACAUCACCUGCGGCCGCCGCGGGGAGGACUACUUGAAGGAGACCCACUGCUACGAGCCGAGCAGCGACACCUGGCACACGCUGGCCGACGGCCCGGUGCGGCGGGCCUGGCAUGGCAUGGCCACCCUCCUGGACAAGCUGUACGUGAUCGGGGGCAGCAACAACGACGCGGGCUACCGGAGGGACGUGCACCAGGUGGCCUGCUACAGCUGCAGAUCCGGGCAGUGGUCCUCCGUCUGCCCACUCCCGGCCGGGCACGGGGAGCCAGGCAUUGCUGUGCUGGACAGCAGGAUCUACGUGCUGGGCGGCCGCUCACACAACCAAGGCAGCCGCACGGGCUACGUGCACAUCUACGACGCGGGGAAGGACAGCUGGGAGGAGGGGCCGCAGCUGGACAACUCCAUCUCGGGCCUGGCCGCCUGCGUGCUCACCCUGCCGCGGUCCCUGCUGCUCGAGCCACCCCGGGGGACCCCUGACCGCAGCCAGGCCGACCCGGACUUCGCCUCUGAGGUGAUGAGUGUGUCUGACUGGGAGGAGUUCGACAACUCCAGCGAGGACUAGGGUCCUGGGGGUGGGGGGGGGCGGGAGAUCCCGGGUGUCCCCCACCCCACCCAUCAGCAGGUAGGCAAGUGUUUUGGGAGCUUGCAGACCUGUGGGAGCAACCCUUUGGGAAGGGCUUGGUCCCCUGAAGGUUCCCAGGCCCCCCUCCUCGGCAGGCAUGGCCAGGGACUGGUGCACCACCUGCCAUCCUGGUCCCCGUUGGGCUGAGAGGGCGCCUUCUCCCAGGGGACCUGGGGACGGGCCCCCUUGCGGGGGCCAGGGCACAUCCCCCCCUCCCGUGGGCAGGAAUGGUGCAGGCUGGGCCCAUCGCCAGCCAGGGGCCCGAGGCUGGUUGUGAUAACAGGGUCUUGCAGCUGGGCCUUCCCGCCCCCGUGUUGUUGAUAAAUGAAAUAAAGCACCUUCCACAA